AUGAAGUGUUCAAUUUGUUUCGAUUGCUACGCGACGGAUGAAGUGGUCGUGGCGAUGCCGUGCAGCGCUUCGCACGUGUUUCACGAGCGCUGCGUGAAGGAGUGGCUGGCGCGAGACGAUUCGUGUCCGUUGUGUCGCAGUUCGUUGCCGGUGUGGCUCGGUCGGCCUCAGUAUUCGUAG